AUGGAUGUUAUCAGUCUGGGGAGUAAUAUUUUUUUGACUAAAUCAUAUCAAACCUUAUAUAGCAGUAAUCUUACAGUGUCAAUUCCUGAUUAUACUGCUGUACACAAUCAAUCUAUCUAUCUAUCUAUCUAUCUAUCUAUCUAUCUAUCUAUCUAUCUAUCUAUCUAUUUGUUCAUUUUUAUCUAUCUCAGUCUGUUCAAAUUUCUUCGUUUCUGUACUUUCUCUCUCUCUCUCUAUCUAUCUAUCUAUCUAUCUAUCUAUCUAUCUAUCUAUCUAUCUAUCUACUCCAGUCUCUUCGUAUUUAUCUAUUUAUCUAUUCAUCUCAUUAAUUUCAUAUCUAUCUAUCUAUCUAUCUAUCUAUCUAUCUAUCUAUCUAUCUAUCUAUCUAUCUAUCUAUCUAUCUAUCUAUCUAUCUACUCCAGUCUCUUCGUAUUUAUCUAUUUAUCUAUUCAUCUCAUUAAUUUCAUAUCUAUCUAUCUAUCUAUCUAUCUAUUUAUCUAUCUAUCUAUCUAUCUAUCUAUGUACUUGGCAAUACAUCUAUCUAUCUAUCUAUCUAUCUAUCUAUCUAUCUAUCUAUUUUAUAUAUUUUAUAUCUAUCUACCCCGAUCUACUUUUGUCUAUCAAUCUAUCUACCUGUUUCAUUCGGUUCAUAUACAUCCCAGUCUGUCCAUAUCUAUCUAUCUAUCUAUCUAUCUAUCUAUCUAUCUAUCUAUCUAUCUAUCUAUCUAUAUAUAUAUAUAUAUAUAUUCUUCCUCCGUAUCAGACUUGGCAAUCUAUCUAUCUAUCUAUCUAUCUAUCUAUCUAUCUAUAUAUAUAUAUAUAUAUAUCACUGGAAGGAAGGCUUCUUCUGAUUUGGCCGCUAAUCCUUUUAUCAUCGCUUUCAUUUUUAUCUACCGAUUUUCUUUUUCAUCUCUGUUCUUUCUUAAUCUCGUUUUCUUCCUUUGUCUUGUGUCCUUUACAAAAACUUUGUUCGUUUCCUUUCUCUGUUUUUCCUUUGGGAUAUUUUUGAAUAAAAGAAAAAUUUUUCAAUCCCCCCUUUGCCCAUUUUUAAUAUUCCUUUCCCCCUUUUUUUUUUAUGAAUCCUGCUCUAUAUCUCUCUUUCUUUCAUUUUUUUUCUUUGCUCUUUUCCGUCUUUCUUUCUUUUCAACUUUUCAUUCGUUAUAUAUUUCUUUUCACUUUAUUCUUUCUUUCAAUCAUUGUUUGCUCCAUUUUCCCUUUUCUCUUUCAGUAAUCUUUUUCUUUCUCGGUGUCCGCCUCUUUUUCUUUCUGCAUUUUUUAAAGUUCUUAUUUCUUUCUUUCAAAAUACAGUUUUCUUCCAAACUUUCUUCUUUCAUUACUUCUCUCUUAUCAUUCUUGAUUUCGUCAUCUAUCAUUAAAUAUUUCCUUCCUUCCUUUAUUCAUUCCUUCCCUCUUUACUUUCUUCCUUCCUUCCUUCCUUCCUUCCUUUAUUCCAUCCUUCCUUUAUUCCUUCCUUCCCUCCUUGCUUUCUUCCUUCCUUCCUUCCUUCCCUCCUCCUUCCUCCUUCCUUCCUUCCUUCCUUCCUUCCUCCUUCCUUCCUUCCUUCCUUCCUUCCUUUCUUCCUUCCUUCCUUCCUUCCUUCCUUCCCCUUCCUUCCUUUAUUCCUUCCCUUCCCUUCUCCUUCCUUCCUUCCUUCCUUCCUUCCUUGCUUUCUUCCUUCCUUCCCUUCCUCCUCCUUCCUUCCUUACUUCCACCUUCCUUCCUUUAUUCCUUCCACCUUCCUUCCUUACUUCCACCUUCCUUCCCUCCUCCUUCCUUCCACCUUCCUCCUCCUUCCUUCUUUCCUUCCUUCCUUCCUUCCUUCCUUCCUUUAUUCCUUCCUUCUCCUUGCUUUCUUCCUUCCUUCCCUUCCUCCUCAUUCCUUCCUUCCUUACUUCCUUCCUUCCUUCCUUCCUUCCUUCCUUCCUUCCUUCCCCUCCUUCCUUCCUUUAUUCCUUCCACCUUCCUUCCCUUCCACCUUCCUUCCCUCCUCCUUCCUUCCUUCCCUCCUUCCUUCCUUCCUUCCUUCCUUCUCCCUUCCCUUCCUUCCUUCCUUCCUUCCUUCCUUCCUUCUUCUUUCCUUCCUUCCUUCCUUCCUUUAUUCCUUCCUUCCCUCCUUGCUUUUCUUCCUUCCUUACCUCCCUCAUUCCUUCCUUCCUUCCUUCCUUCCUUCCUUCCUUCCUUUAUUCCUUCCUUCCUUCCCUCCUUGCUUUCUUCCUUCCUUCCCGCCUCCUUCCUUCCCUCCUCCUUCCUUUAUUCCUUCCUUCCCUCCACCUUCCUUCCUUUAUUCCUUCCUUCCCUCCUUCCUUCCUUCCUUCCUUCCUUCCUUCCUUCCUUCCUUCCUUCUAA